AUGCACAACGGGAAGGAGCGUACCAACAGCUCCGGUACGUACCUGGAAAAUAGAGAAGGUGCUAUACGUGCACCUGGAGCCGUUCACUUGAGGCACCAACCUUCUGAGAAACGGAUGAAAUCCGUGACAACGGUCUGUGACAACCCAGAUUAUGGACUGAUCUGGGCUGCACCACAUCAUGGUGGCGACUAUGGUUACGGCUACGAUAAUAAUGGUGGCGACUGGGGCGGCCUAGGUACAUUUGGUUUACUUGGCUACGGCGGCUAUGGUGGCUAUGGUGACUAUGGUGACUAUGGCGGUUACGGUGGCUACGGUGGCCACGGCGGUUACGGAUAUCGUGGGCAUGGACAUGGAUAUUAUGACGGCUAUGGUCAGAAUGGUUACGGACAUCACCACCACGGACACCAUCACCACUACUAUUGA